CUCAUCCAAACUCCUAGUCACCCCACCCCCGAACCCCCACCACGACGAGCAAACAAACAAGCAAAAAAGAAAGAAACCCUCAAAACGAUAAACCAACUCCUAACAGACCUCUCAAACCUCACUCUCGGCCCACCACCACCACCACCGCAAUCCCAACCACAAACCCACAACCACCGUCACAGCCCCUUCGAAAACGCGCCAACAAUGUUCAUCAAAGUUCGCACCCUCACCGGCAAGGAAAUCGAACUGGACAUUGAACCGGAUUAUAAGGUCUUCCGUAUCAAGGAGCGGGUCGAGGAGAAGGAGGGGAUUCCUCCAGCUCAGCAGAGGUUGAUUUACGGUGGGAAGCAGAUGGCGGAUGAUAAAGCUGCUAGCGAGUACAAUCUUGAAGGGGGGGCUACGUUGCAUUUGGUGCUUGCGCUGAGGGGUGGGCGAUAGAUUAAGUUGGGUUGGUUUUGCUAUCGGCUUUUUUAUUCUACUCUCUUUGGUCGUUCGGGUUGUUUGUUCAAUAGGUGAAAUAUGGUGGAUAUCACGUUGUGAUGGCGGGGUAGCUUUUCCCCAUGGAGGUGGGGAGCAUUAAUUCCACGGACAGACCGAGCCGCCAUACCAUGCUGUAAUAUGCCAGACACCACCAUAUCGUGCAUUGCAUGGAUGGAUGAAGGAAUAAAUAUGAAAAUUGGAAAAAAAA